AUGUCGUCCUCCCCGCAGCAGGUGUCGCCUUCCCUGCAGCACCCCAACCCACAGCACAGCUCGGCACCCCACAGCCAGCACAGCCUGUCGGAACUGGGCGGCUCGUCGAACGCCGAGGACUUGUAUUUGGAGUCCUAUGCCUUCACCACUGCCGCUGCAAUUGUCGGGUCCGUGGACCGCAAGAUCUUCGUGCUGUUGAGAGACGGCCGCAGUGUGUUUGGCAUUUUGCGGACGUUCGACCAGUUUGCCAACUUGGUGUUGCAGGACACGUUGGAGCGAAUCUACUUGCCGCCCAAACAAGCGCCGGGCCCGGAGCGCUUUGCCGAGGCCCCGCGCGGCGUGUUCAUGGUGCGAGGCGAGAACGUCGUGAUGCUCGGCGAGCUAGAUAUAGACAGGGAGGAUUUCCACUUGUAUGAGCGCGAGCAGAUUUCGUUCGAGGAGGCCGAGCGCGAGUUGAAGGCCCGCCAGCUGCAGAGGGUGCGAGACGAGAAGACCAGGGCCAGGAACUACUUGAAACGCGGCCUCAUCCACGACUUCCACAAGGCCGACUUGUACUAG